CUUGGCUUGCAGUGGAAUUCUAUGUCAGCGUUAUUCCCGCUGCGCAAAGUAUUAAAACAGCUUUUUCACUUGCCACAAGAAACAUCAAGGCUUGAAACAGAUGCUCCUGAAUCCAUCUGCCUGCUGGACCUGGAAGUUUUUUUACUAGGAAUGGUGUUCACCAGCAACUUACAAUUGCAAGAGAAGUUUAAUACUCACUACGGCACACAUCAACCUCCAUUCUUACCAUUGCUGCUGUGCAAACAGUACUAUACUGAGAAGCAGAGAUCCUGGUGGGAUGCAGUUCGUACUCUGAUGCAGAAAAAAACAACGCCAGACUCAGCAACAAGACUGAAGCUUCUUGUACAGCAUGGAUUAAGUACCCUGCGAGCCCAGGAGAAACACGGCCUUCAGCCUGCCUUAAUUAUCCACUGGGCAAGAAGCCUGCAAAAAACA